UACACAGAACGGUAUGAGUUUGCGGAGCGGUGUUAGGAAAAGUCGCAAAAGAUUUUUACGAACAUGGUCGGCCUACUCUUCCACGUGCUUUAUUUGCUGGGCAAGUGCAUAUACGAUAGAUAUCGCAUCAGAAAAACGAGACUCUUGCCCGAUGUCGCAUACGAAGAGGAAUUGUCCAGGUACGAUUAUGAUGCGCUCGAUGAUUCGGAAUUGGAAAAUACAUUGUGGUGGACACACGGGACAAUAGGCAACUUUUAUCCACCGGCAUAUAUACAAAGAUACUGUGCGGUGAUGAAUGUGCUCAACGAAUACAAAGGAAAAUUGUGGAAGAUUGUUGAUUAUGGUUGUGGCGAACUAGGUUUAUUGUUGUACUUGAAAGCGAUACCUGAAGUGGAGGAGAUACUUUGUGUUGAUGUGGAUAGGGAAGUGCUAGAGAGAUACAAAGAAAAAGCAGCACCGUUAAUCACAGAAUUGUUGUCCUCUCGAGAAAGGAAGCUUACAAUAGAUAUUUGUGAAGGCAGUGUAACAGACAAUGAUGUAAAAUUAAAGAAUGCAAACGCUGUAAUUUGCAUUGAAUUGAUUGAACAUUUAUAUCCAGAUACAUUAAUCGAUCUCCCUUUUAAUAUUUUUGGUUAUAUUAAACCAGAAGUAGCAAUAAUAACAACACCAAAUGUGGAAUAUAAUAUAGUAUUUCCACAUUUAUCAGGCUACAGACAUCCAGAUCAUAAGUUUGAAUGGACAAGGGAACAAUUUCAAGACUGGGCACAAAAUAUUGUGGUAAGAUACCCAUAUUAUAGAGUGACAUUUCACGGAAUUUGUAAUGGACCUGAAGGCACUGAAGAAUUUGGUGCAUUAACGCAGAUGGCAGUGUUUCACAGAAUUUCACCAAGAAAAGAUUCGAGACUAGAAAUUCUAAUGCCAGAUGAAUAUAUUCAGUUAAAAGGUCAACACUUAUUUAAUACAGUUGCUACGUAUAAGUACUCUACAGGACAUGACAUUCGUUCAGACGAACAAAAAGUACUGGAUGAAGCGAUAUAUUAUAUCAAUUAUUUAUCCUAUGAUAUAAAUGAUGAAGACAAACCCAGAAUCUAUGAAAUAUACUUGGACCGUAUAUUAAGCUUUAUGACUAAGUACACCAUUUCGACAGAAACACUGAGAUCGAUUCUAACAGAUGCAGGAUGGAGCAUUGUAGAUCGAGAAAAUGGACCAGCAGUACUUAAUCCUUCCGUGGAUUCUUAUGAAAUAUCUAGCGAUGAUAUGAACAUGGAGGAUGAUUGGGAUAAUGAAUAUGAUGAUUCUGAAGAUCCUGAUUCUACAAAUGUGGAGAAUAUAUGGGAUUAUGCAACCGGACCACCCAUAAAUGAGACAGCUGUAGAUGAAAAUGAAAGACAUUCAUCUGAGCAAAAUUCACAUAUUGAAAGUUGGCAUGAAGAACCUAAUAUUACAAAUGAGGAAAAUAGAUGGGAUGUAACUAAUCCAUCCAUAAAUGAAACAUCUGCAGAUACAAAUGAAGAAUAUCCAUCUGAACAAAAUCCGCACAUUCAGAAUUUGCAUGACAGUCCCAAUUUGACAGAUGAGGACAGGUGGGAUUAUGAAUCCGGCAUAAAUGAGACGCCUGCGUACAUCGAUGAGGAAUAUUUAUCUACCCAAAAUCUUGAUACUGAAAAUUGGUUUGAAGAACAUAAUUUUACAGAUGUAAUGAAUAGAUGGGAUAGUGAAUCUGAUGAUUCAUAUAUAAAUCAAGUAUUAGAUCAAGUAUCAGAUGCAAAUGAAUAUUCAUCUGCGCAAAAUCCUCAUAUUGAAAAUUGGCAUGAGGAAUCCAGUAUUAUCAUUCCCAAAAAUUGUUCUAUUAAUCAAGAGAACACUUAUUUAUUUGAUGGCGAAAAUGAUUUAGUAGAAGAAUCUCAACCGUUAAAAGAGCCAUAUGCAACUAAUGACGAUAUCAAACAAUCAGGAGUUAGAAAUGUAGAAUCUUUAAUAUACACUGAACGAGAAUUACCAAGUAAUUCGAUUGCUCUAACUUUAAAUGAGGUAGAAGCUCAAGUAUCUGCUUCUAAUAUGUCCGCAACAGCAUUCAGCAACAGUUUGGCAUUAAAAAUUUUAGAUGAUGAUGUUACAGUAGAAUCAGCUUUAUUACAAAAUGAUCAGAUAAAUCUAAGAACUAUGGAAGGAGUUGCUUCAAUAUCGAAUUUCCAGUCACAUAUGUCUGUUUCACGUUCAUCAACGUCACUAAAAACACUUUAUUUCAGUUCUGAGAUGAACAACUCUUUGCAAGAUUUUAGUACAUGUUAUCAAAAUGAAUCAUCAAUCAACAAUCAAUGUUUAUUGAACAGUACUUUUCAUCAAUCUGAAAUGGCAAUCGGAACAGCUAUGAAUACAGAAGAUUCGAUUGCAAAAGAUAUACCUUGUUUUAAAGAAAGUCUUCCAAAGAAAAAUACACAAGAUGAAAUAAAUUUUUUGUUACAUACUCCAGAUAAAAAUCAAACUUAUGAAAAUAAUGAUAUGACAAAUGUGAUGUCAUUAGAUGCUAGUUUUAAUAAUAAACCAAAAUAUACAAGUUCACCUCAUACACAAAUGCCCACUACCCAUAUUGUUAGAAAAAGUUUAAAAUACAAAGAAUUAAUACCCGCAAUGAAUAGCAGCGUUUUACUGGACACACCAGAAGAAAUUAAGGAAAUUGUAUCAGAUAUUAUUGAUAGUAUUUUAUUAAAAUCUAGUCAGGAGUCUAAUAGUAGUAUUACAGAAACAAUUGAACCACAUGCCACUUCUUCGAGUAGUACUUUUACAAAUAUUUCAAGACACGACAUAGAUUCUUCUGCUAGUAAUAGCACACAGCAAAACUUGUGUUUAGAAAAUAAAGAAUUUAGUGAUGUUGAUAAUUCCAUCUCUACGGAAUUAAUACAAGGUACUAAUAAAGAAUUUACAGAAAAUAUCAAUCAUGAAUCUAACAUUGUGAAUGAUAUCCAAAAUGCAGAUGCAUCCUACGUCUCAUCAUUAGGAAAUGAGAGUAUUAAUCAUAAAGAUAAAAGUGUAUAUUGUACAUUAGCAAAAACAGAUCUGACAAAAGCACACUUAGAAAAUAUAAUUAGUGACCUUGCACAGUUAAGCAUAAAGAAGAAAGAUUUAAAUCCGCCUAGAGAGUUAUUAAAUUCCAAGUCACAUAAUAUUAGCAAAUACUCUUCAUCUGAUUGUGCCAAAGAAAUUAGCAUUUUAAGAAAUGAUAAGUUUGUACCUUGUAAAAGUAGUGAAGAUACAAAUAAUGUUUUCACGUCAGCACUGAAAAAUGAAGAGAAUGUUAGUACAAGUAAAGAUGUAUCAAAUACUGUUGGAGUGAAUAAUGUUGAAGUUAAAUCAUUUUCUCCGCUUGAAACACCUCCGAACAGUUGGUCUCCCGAGAUCAUGGAUUCUGGUUAUCCAAAUUCUGUUUCCGCACAAGAUAUAACACCAGAAUACGAGUUGCCUAGCAUAGCUCAGGAUUAUAUACCAGAUUCUGAAUCGCCAAGUAUUGCGGAAGCGCCAAGACUUGGUGUUUUGGAACCGGUUGAAGUGGAAAACGGCGAUUUAGCAAAUAACAACAGAGAUGAUGAAGGUAAUAAUAUGAUGGCUGUGGAUGCUAAUGAUAUUGAAAAUUUACAACCUCUAAUUGACGUACUCGAAAACGAUCUGGAAAACGAAAACGAUAUUUACGUAAUGCAGAAUGGUUUUCCUAUAUGGUUACUGAGGAUAUUAGAUAUGGCAAAUCCGCUUGAUUUUGAUAUGCAAGCUCGACAAAAUCUGAGAAUUCCUGAUGAGGCUGCAGACGAUGUUAACUAUGUAGGUCAAGAUGAAGGUUUUGAUAGCAGUUCUUCAGAAAGUGAGAGUGAUGUAGCUUACAAUGAAAUGGAAAAUGAUAAUGGAUAUGGUAAAUAAAAAGAUUUGUCUUAAAGAGAAAAAGAAAGAAAA